AUGCACCACGUGGAGGCUCAGAGUGAUGAGCUCUGGCGUCUUCGUGAUCGAUUAGACGAAGAAGUAUCCACCCAAGCUCUCAUCGGCCUCCUGGAAUACAACGAUCAGGCAGUGCCUUCCGGUCGAUCAGAUUUACUCGACGCUGUAGCCGACGCAAUGAGCUUUGGUGCAUUGCCGGGUUGCCCCGACGAUGGCGCUCCCCUUAGACUUGCUGAUGGUGGUGGUGGCUACUGUUGUUCCCGUCUUAAUAACAACUGGGCUCCCUGCCUCUUCUCUGCACCUGAUUCUACCUCUAUCAAACGUCGCGUCUUCCGAGUGCCUAAGGAAUACCACGAUGUUCCUUUCCUAAAGUCGUACAAAUGCAAGCCUCGUGAACGUCUGUUUGCUGCAUCCACCGACACAGCUAUAGGUGUCUCAUCAAAGGGUAAAUUUGACGCAAAGAAACCUCUUGUUGGCCUUCACUUCCUUCUCGAUCAUGGCCCAUUCACAGAUAAUUUGAGUCAACGCGAUCUCGCUGCUAAGAUCCGGUCCCUCGGUGGAUCCAUCCUAACAAGUCCUGCCCGCGGAGGUGUAUUCAUAACUACAGGAGGCACCGAAGGCGUUGAAGGAAAGUUGGCAACAAAAGCCAGGUCCACUGGGAUGCGUCCAUUGAGUUGUGGCCGUCUUCUCAAUAAAAGUGCCAUCAAGAAGUUCACUUCUGGCGACGAUGUUCAGAAAUUCUUGAAUGAGGAUCCAUUGGCCAGCAUUUGGGAAUCAGCUGGUACCAAUAGUGUUAGUUAUUUUGAUCAUGCUACUGUUGAGCCUGGGUCAUCCACAUCCAUGGCAAAGCUUGAAGAAGGUAGAGUCCUUCAAAAGAUGCUUGUCAAGGGUGGAGCAGUUGUUGACCCUGAUUCCGGCCUCGACCACUGUGCUUCCGUCGCCACCGAUUCCAGUGGACGUUUACUCACUGCUGUUCUCGGUUUGGUUGACCUUGUUCGUGGCUCCAACUCUUACUAUAAGCUUCAAGUUCUGCGUUCUGAUGACGAGCCACGAAAGCACUGGGUAUUCCGAUCUUGGGGUCGUAUUGGUACAGAUAUUGGUGGCUCAAAGGUGGAGCGUUUUACCACACUUGAUGCUGCUUCACAGAAUUUCCAGGAACUGUUUUUGGAGAAGACUGGCAAUGCUUGGGGUACUCCAAAAGGAAAGUUCCUCAAAUUGCCUCGCAGAUUCUAUCCUCUAGAUAUGGAACAUUUUAAUCCUACAGAUGAAGAAACGGCCAAGGUAACUCAGAUCACCAAGGUCCCCUCCAAAUUGGAAACUCGGGUUCAAGCUCUUAUCAACUUUUUAUUUGAUGUCGCUUCUAUGACAAACGCUUUAAUGGAAUUCGAAAUUGAUUUGCGUAAAAUGCCGUUGGGAAAGAUUUCCCGCGUUCAAAUUCAAGAGGCCUAUAGUGUCCUCAGCGAUCUUUCAACCCUUCUGAGCUCGAAUAAAGCCCUCGAGGGACCGGCGAAGAGCAAAUUGAUUGGCGACACGACUCGCUUCUACACUCUCAUUCCUCAUGAUUUUGGAAUGAAAAUGCCGCCCUUGUUAGAUAACUUGGAAGUUAUCAAAGCCAAGUCAGGAAUGCUGGAAGAUCUGCUUAAGAUUGAGUUGGCGUACUCACUCAUGGAAACCGGUGAUUCUAAUGUCAAUCCUAUUGACGAGCACUACGAGAAACUCAAGAAUAGAAUCGAGCCAAUAGAACGUGAAUCAGAAGAGUUCAUUAGAAUUGCUGAAUAUCUUCGCGCUACCCAUGCACCUACUCACUCUACUUACACUCUGGAUAUUGUUGACAUCUUUUCACUCUCUCGAGAAGGAGAAGCUGACAAAUUCAAGGCUCUAGAGAAUCGUAUGAUGCUCUGGCAUGGUUCUCGUCGGACCAACUUUGCGGGGAUUCUGGCCCAAGGUCUUCGAAUCGCACCUCCAGAAGCCCCCAGUACAGGUUACAUGUUUGGCAAAGGUGUCUAUUUCUCAGAUAUGUCUAGUAAGUCCGCUAAUUACUGUUACACUUCUCCGACUUCUGCUCGUGGUUGUCUCCUGCUCUGUGAUGUUGCUCUUGGCAAAGUAGAAGAAUGCUUCUCUGCUAAGGACUCUAAAUUAGCUAAGAAGUUCAACAGUCGCAAAGGUGUUGGAGCAACUGCACCGAAUCCACAUACAUAUUACAAAGACCAUGAGACUGGUGUCGUUUAUCCAAUUGGUGAACCAGUGACUUCUGCUGAUGUUGAAAGCGAUCUGCUUUAUAACGAAUAUAUUGUCUAUGAUACGGCCCAGAUUCAACAACGCUAUCUCGUUUGGGUCGACUUCAAAUAUCAAUUCUAA